GGCGGGGCGGGAGCGGCGCGGUCACGUGUGUACACAGGCCCGCGCGGCGUGCGCGCCGUCAGCCCCACCGCCUCUCUCGGAGCCCCGAGCUGCCCCCCUCGCGGCGACUGCGCGGUCCGCGGCCCAGCGAGCCGCCCGCCAUGUGGAGCUGCCCACUCAACGGCACGGGCGGCGAGGACCAGCUCCCCUGCCAGCACGUCCAGCGGGCCCUGUCCGCCCUCUCGCUGCUCUACCUGCUUGUCGGCGUCCCCCUCGGCCUCGGCUACAACGCCCUGCUGCUGCUGGUCAACCUGCACGACCCGGGCGGCAUGACCAUGCCCGACGUCUACUUCGCCAACAUGGCCGCGGCCGGCCUGGUCCUCAGCGCCCUGGCGCCUGCACACCUGCUGGGCCCCGGCGCUGCCGGCUGGGCCGUGUGGGACGUGGGCAGCGAGGUCCACGUCACGCUGCUGGUGCUGUUCAACGUGGCGGCGCUGGUGACCCUGUACUCCACGGCGCUGCUGGGCCUCGACUGCUACAUCGAGCGGGCGCUGCCGCGCACCUACAUGUCGAGCGUCUACAACACCAGGCACGUGUGCGGCUUCGUGUGGGGCGGCGCCCUGCUCACCGGCUUCUCCUCCCUGCUCUUCUACAUCUGCAGCCACGUGGCUGCCAGGCUGGCCGAGUGCUCCCAGGUGCGGGACACGGAGGCGGCCGACGCCAUCAUGCUGCUCAGCGGGUACCUGGUGCCCGGCCUGGCCGUGCUGUACGCGCUCGUGCUCCUCACGCGGAUCCGGAAGGAGGACACGCCGCUCGACCGGGAUGCGGGCCAGCCGGACCCCUCGGCGCACAGGCUGCUGGUGGCCACCGUGUGCGCGCAGUUCGGGCUCUGGACGCCCCACUACCUGACGCUCCUGGGGCGCACGGUCCUGGCUGCGCGGGGGAGGCCAGUGGACGGGCACCCCCUGGGGACGCUGCUCCUCGCCGAGGACCUGUCCAGGUUCCUGGCCUUCGCCAGCAGCGCUGUGGUGCCGCUUCUUUACCGCCACAUCGACAGAAACUUCCCCGGCAAACUCCGGCGGCUGAUGAAGAAGCUGCAACGUGGGCACCAGAGCUGCUCCUUGGACGAAGCGGGGGCACAGCCGGCGAUGGCGUAGACGCUGCUCCUCGGGCCUCGGCCAACCGAGGGGCAGACGGCGCGUGGCAGAAGGCACAGCCCGCAGUGACCGGGUCCCCCGCGCCCGCUGCUCGCUCGCUCGCUCCCUCCCUCCCUCCCUCCCGGGUCUGGCAUCCAGGAGACUCGCUGGCCCUGCAUCACCCGCUCCCUCCCUCCCUCUCCCCAGGAGACCAGGCAGAACCAGGUGAGUCCCCUUGGAGCUUCCCGUGUCCUCCCACAAGAAGCCACCCUCAGGCCAAGGCCAUGAUGUCCGAGCAGCAGGUGCCAGGUGUGAGGAUGGGCUAUGCCAUCGGGGCACCUGGCCGCCCGCGGGGCGUGUGCUUGUCUCCUACGGCGCCUUUCAGGUCCACGCCUGCAGCAGCCUGCUUCCCUCAGCCUCAUGUCUGGCUUUCAAAUGAGUGAUGAAAAUCUAACGCCACUAUUUAUACUUUGUAUUGUUAAAAUACUCCAUCCCCCCUCCCUCUUGUUUUGUUGUUUAUGAAGAGAUGUUUGGUAGGAAAGUCAGAAGGUAUUAAAAUGAAGGAGACACACGGAAGCGCGUUCAGGGGAUGGGUGGGUGGUGGGCUCGCGGGGCCGGGGCUGCUGGCGACUUGGCGUCCACGUGGACGUGGUGGGAGAAGAGUCAGACAGGGCCUCUCCUGCCCCCAGGUGUGCCCCCGGGUCACGUCCGCUGUCGCUGGGCCAGCGUGGGUCCGUCCUAAACAAGUCCCCAAAGUGUGCACAAAAGUAAAUAAA